AUGUCGACCGUUGAAUCUGAACCCUCAUCUUCACCUCCGCCGGAGCCUGCAGCGCCGGAACGAGUCCCAAGUAAACAACCACCGAUCCCGUUUAUUCGCGGCGAGGAUCGCGUUCGCAAGAUGCUCCCCCAAAGGAAGCUACCACACUGCCUAGACCAUCGAUUCGUCGACGUGCGUACGCCGAACAACCUGCCGCUUUAUUGGCUCGGCGUGCCCAUGAAUAUAAAUUCAGUAGCGCGCUAUGCCAACGAGCACGGGUUCGCCAUCCCGCGCUUCAAUAGUCCCCCCGGGUCCGAUCCAGGUGUCAUGUCUAUGGUGAAGACGUGGGGCAACAUCAUCGAGCACUUUUAUCGCGAACAUGGCACUUAUAUAAAGCUCAAGGAGGUGUGGGACGCAAGAACCCUCAUCAUCGCUUUCUUCUCGAACCGGGAGGUCGAGGACAUUACAUUUGGCAGGACGCGCCCGAUCCGGCAGCUGCUGGAGGAUUUGGGGUACGGUGAAAAUGAGCCACUCAUGUGGUAUCUCGACAGGGACGAAGAUUCGUUCGUGCAUGAAUCUUCUCCCGAUCUACUCCACUGUCUGUAA